AUGGAUGUUACCGAAUCACAAACGGAUCCAGUUUCUCUCGAAACCCGACCCGGAAUCUUCAUCAUCGGAUCCUCCACCGUCGGCAAACGCACCCUCCUUUCCCGAUUGAUAUCUGUUGAUUCUGAAGAUGCAUUUGAUUCGGCUUCUGAAGUAAAUGUUCAUGGGUGGACUAUUAACAAUAAAUAUUAUACUGCCGAUGUUGCUGUUUGGAUGGCUCAUCUUCAUGACGGGUUUUCUGUCGAGAAUGUUUCCGGGUUUGAUCAAAUGACGGCUUUGGUGAUGGUCUUUGACAUGAAUGAUUUAUCUUCGCUAACUGCACUUCAAGGUUGGGUCUCACACACUGAUAUUCAAAACUUUGAGAUAUUACUAUGUAUUGGAAACAAAGUAGAUCUGGUUCCAGAUCAUCCGGUUCAUGUUGAAUACAGAAGACGGAUGCUGAAACUCGAAGACUCUUCUGCGAAUGAAUUCUCCGAGUAUGGAAUAUCUGAAUCUGAAGGAACUAGUUUAUUGGGGAGUGAAGAACCAUCCUGGGACAUUAGAAAGUCAUGUUUGGAAUGGUGUGCUGAGCAGAACAUUGAGUUCAUCGAGGCUUGUGCUUCUAAUGCCGAUUUUGACAAAUGUUUGUCUGUAGACGGUGAUUUACAAGGAGUUGAGCGCCUCUAUGGGGCACUUUCCGCGCAUAUGUGGCCUGGGAUGGUACUGAAAUCUGGUGAAAGGAUAAGCCAACCAUCAUUUCCAGAGAUAGAAGAGAUAUCUUCGGAAGAAUCUGACUAUGAACAAGAGUAUGAAAUUUUAUCCGAUGGUUUAGAGGAUGCUUGGGACGGAACUGAACAAGGAUGGGUUUCUGCAACUUCCUUAGAAGCAGGGGGAUCAUCAGUUCCUCAAAACAAUCCCAACAUAGCUUGUGAAAAUGACGAUCGAAAUAAAUCUGAUAAAGAGCUCCAGCCCACGACUUCAAGUACUGAAUUUCAGAACCAGGGUGACACGGCUGUUGUUCACAGUACGGUAAAUUCUGAAAGAGACGGGAAAUUAGACCAAAGUGAAUGUCUUGAAUUAGAGGAUUUGGAACAGUUGAUGUCUGAAAUUGGAAAUAUGCGCACAGGAUUAAGAUUGAUGCCUGAUUUUCAAAGAAGGGAAAUGGCCGCAAAGCUUGCUAUGAAAAUGGCUUCCUUAUUUGGAGGAGAUAGUGAUGAAGGCGAAGUUUAG